AUGCCCAAAUUCGCUGAACCGAUAACAAAUGUUACGGCUCCGGUUGGCAGAGAAGCAACAAUAGUGUGCAUAGUAGAUGACCUCGGUUCUUAUAAGGUGGCUUGGUUACGGGUGGACACACAGACCAUACUGACCAUCCAUAACCACGUUAUCACAAAAAACCACCGGAUCGGCGUGUCGCACUCGGACCACAGGACGUGGCACAUACACAUCAAGGAGGUGAGAGAGUCCGAUAAGGGCUGGUACAUGUGUCAGAUAAAUACGGAUCCGAUGAAAAGUCAACUGGGCUUCUUAGAUAUCGUCGUUCCUCCGGACAUAUUGGACUAUCCGACGAGCACGGACAUGAACAUCAGAGAAGGCAGCAACGUGUCACUGAGAUGCGCGGCUUCGGGUUCACCUGCGCCUAAUAUCACGUGGCGUAAAGAAGGAUCCGAGAACAUACGUCUGGAACACAGCCAACAAGUGCACAGCGUCGAAGGGCCAGUUCUGAAUCUGACACGGAUCAGUCGCUCUCACAUGGGAGCGUAUCUGUGCAUAGCGUCAAACGGGGUACCGCCAUCGGUCAGCAAACGGAUUAUGCUGGUGGUGAACUUCCCGCCAAUGAUAUGGAUUCAAAACCAGCUGAUCGGAGCAUUCAUUGGCCAAUCACUGACUCUCGAGUGUUUGUCCGAAGCGCAUCCCAAGUCGAUCAACUAUUGGACCCGAGAGGCCGGCGAGAUCAUUGCUCACGGAGAAAAAUACGAACCGGAAGAGUUUGUCACCGAACAAUAUAAAACGCGAAUGAAACUCACAAUUAAGUCUGUUACUGCCGAAGAUUACGGCACGUACAAAUGUUUGUCAAGAAAUGCACUCGGAGACACGGAUGGCACAAUAAAAAUAUACCAAGUGGCUAAUAACGGCGGACACAGCACUACGCGACCCAAGCACAGAUACAAGAACCGUAACCGGACCAGAAUACGAGCGCAAUCGAAUGAUAUUAGAGACUCAGCGUUCUUAUCGAAGGACGAAAGUAACGAAUUGCAGACACAUUACGACGACGAUGGGGAACUUGAAGAAUACGAUUCCGGAUCACAAGCUCAAGAACUAGCGUUUUACACAGCGAUUCUAUGCGUAAUCGCGUUGAUGUACGGGCACGAGUGA